UGGGGCUGUCUUGGGCACACAUGCACUUACACGCACCUACAGGCACUCACAUUCUCACAUUCUCACAUUACGAACAUACGAAGUUCUCUGUAGUCCCAGACGCAGCCUUUAGUGCUCUCCAGAGGGGCUGCCCUGGGUUCUGGCUGUAGCCCUCCUGUCUGGCUGUUUCAUCGCCCUUCUCCCUCCUCCAGCCCAACUGCUGCUGUCACUUCAUGCCCUGCCAAGGAGGAGGGAACUGCAGUGACAGCGGGAGAGAGAGGCUGGUCAGAGUCGUGGGGCACAGAGAGGUAUGGAGAGAGGGAUGCUGAGACCAGGGGACAGUAAGACCCAGAGAGAGGGCUAAGGAACAGGGUGAGAGGUAGUGAGAGUCCACAGGAAGAGGGAACUGAAAGGAACACGGAACUGAGAGGGGACAGGAGACAAGGAGGACCUGUGGGUCACAGAGCCAGUCAGCCAUGCUGGGAGCCAAGCGACACUGGCCACCAGGUCUCCUAUCCAGCCCCCCGCUGCCCUUGGUCCUGAUGCUUCUGGUCCUAGGGUGCGGGUGGGCCCAAGAGGGGACAGAGCCUGUCCUCCUGGAGGGUGAGUGCCUGGUGGUCUGUGAGCCUGGCCGAGCUGCUGCAGGGGGCCCUGGGGGAGCAGCCCUAGGAGAAGCACCCCCCGGAAGAGUGGCAUUUGCCGCAGUCCGAAGCCACCACCAUGAGCCAGCAGGAGAGAUCAGCAAUGGCACCAGUGGGGCCAUCUACUUUGACCAGGUAAGCCUGAUGCUGAACACAUGGCCUGUCAUCUCAGCCUUUGCCAACGACCCUGACGUGACUCGAGAGGCAGCCACCAGCUCUGUGUUACUGCCCCUGGACCCGGGGGACCGGGUGUCCCUACGCCUGCGCCGGGGGAACCUUCUGGGUGGCUGGAAAUAUUCAAGCUUCUCUGGCUUCCUCAUUUUCCCACUCUAGAGGUUCAAGCCUUUCAAGGAUCGGACUCUAACCCCUGCCUUCUGCCCUCUGCCCUCUGCCCUCUCUUGCCCCAGAAGCAGCUUCUUUGGGGGUAGGAGAAGGACUCCCUCUGUCUGCCUGUAUUCUACUUUCUUGCAUGGGUUCCUGUGCCUAACGCCCAAGGUGAAGAGUAAAGAGUAGAGCUGCGGUGUCUGAGGAUCUGGCCCCUCGGACCUCUCCUCCCACCCCCAGUCUCCCACUGCAGCGCUUUGUACCCACAGGGUUUGCCAGGUAGGGAGACCUGUGCUGCUUUGCAGACUCUGCUCGUCCUGUUCCUCCACCCCCAGCUCUCCACUCAGUGCUAUUAGGGACAGGUGGCCCAGGUGAGCCUGACAGGCCCCCACUGCGGCCCAGAUGGACCAGCCUCAGUGUACCCUGCAGGCUUCUUCCUAUGAGGUGUGCCAGCAUCACGGAUCUUGGCCAGCACAAUCAGAAGCUGAGCCAGCACCAUGUGGGCUAGGGCAGGAGGCUUAGCCACCAGCAGAAGUGUGGGGAGGACCAUAGCGUGGCCUGGAACCUAUGGCUGGUGGGGCAGGAAGGGCAUGUGCCCAGCCUGAAAAGGAUAUAUGUGUUUCAUUUACAUGGGGGCAGCCAGCAGGCAGUGAACCUGGGUAUCCAUCUGGGCCAGGUCCCGGAUGGACUCUGGCCCUCCCCUCCCCAUCCAAAACAUGGAGUGUAUGUGUUCGCUCUAGCCAAGAGUCGGUGUACUGAACUUCCUUAGACGGCUGGAGGUAGGGGUAGAAAGUCACAUGUGAGCAAGUGUAGAUCUCCAGGCAUGGAAUGUGCCAAUGACAAGGCCACCUCCUAGAACGGCUCUACCUUUGCCAUCUGAACUUCAAGCACUCUACACUCUGACCGUCACCUCCUGGCUGUCUCAGCGACCUUCCUGUAGCUGUUCCAGACGAUCCCUCGGCCUCUCUUCUUUCUCCUGAUUUGUGCUCUCUUGUCCUCCUUUCUUAAACUUCCUCUUGUCUUGGAUGCUAUGAUUUAUCCCUUCAACCACUCUCCUGCGGAUAUUAUGAAAUCUCUCUGUCUUACUGUGCUAUCCCAUUCUCCCAGCAUGGAUGAACCUAUCCAUAAAGCAACUAGAGAAUGAUGGUCAAUGAGAAACUGCAGGAUCCCUGAAGAGACAAGAUGCCAUUACGAUUUGGAUCAGGGGUUACAGGCUACAAGCAGGUAUGUGGUUGAGAAGAUAAAUGUAAGAAUGUAUAUUCAAGUUAAAUAAAAAAGGAUGUUGGCAAUGCUUGACUUAAAUAGGAAAUACCGAUGUGAAUUUGCGGUUUUCAAAAGAAAUAACUUAUUCAAAUGUUGUCAUGAAUGUAGCCUAGAAACAACAUCAGGAAAAAUCUGAUACACAUUCUUAACCUUGGAUCUUUGCCUCAAAUAUUAUUCACCUUUAAAAUAACCACAGGGGAGGGGCACCUGGGUAGCUCAGCUGGUUAAUUAAGUGGCUGCCUUCUGCUCAGAUCAUGAUUCCAGGGUCCAGAGAUCAAGCCCCACCUUAGGCUCCCUGCUUAGCAGGGAGUCUGCUUCUCCCUCUGCCCAUUCACCCACUUGUGCUGGCACUCUCUCUCUCUCUCUC